UAGCAACCACGAGAAUAAAUGAAGUAUAUUGCCAUAAGACCCCAUGUAAAAUCGACGGCAGCGCCAGUCUUCCCCCCUCCAGCCAUACGAUCGAUCCCUACAGCGUGCGCGUGUAAUUCUUAAAUUUUAUCCAUCAUAGCAUCAUGAUGUCAGUGCCCAACAGACUCAGUGACGAUGAUGUUGAAUUGCUACGAGCGUCACCAAACGUGGUUUUGAUACAAGUCAACACACACUAAGAAAACACACGUGUCUUAUUUUAAUAUCUGAUGUAAAAAUGUCAACUAACGCCAAAUUACGGACAAUAAGGCUUUACAUAAAAUGCACAUAAGAGUGAAAUAAACGCGUGCUGAUUAUGUUUAUUUAAGUGAUCGAUUCAGUAAAGAUUGCAAAAAAAUGGCUCAAUUAAAUUCGUAUUAUACGCUGUGCCCACUUAUUGACCAACAAAAUUUGCUGGGUGUUGAAGCAGAUUCAGAUUCAGGUUGUGCAAUUGUUACAUUAGGCAAGAAUAUUGUUAUAAGAUAUAAGCUUCAAGACUUAAAGCAAGUUAGUAGCUGGUCAAGUAAAGAUCGUUUGACUGCACAAGUUGUUUACGAUGAAAUAUCAAGGAAUUAUGUUGCAAUAUUUAAUGCAAAAAUAAUUAGAAAAUGGACAGAGAAAGAAACCAAUUUGGAUAGCGUAAAAAAAUGCAAAUUUUCAAUGCCAAUAUAUAAUAUUUUGAAACUAAAGGAGGUUCCACCAAUUUUAGUAAUGCCAAAUGGAACUACACUUUCAUUGGAAUCAGCAUUAAAAAUAAAAAAAGAUUGGAAGACUGAUGGAAUUUUAGGUUCUAAUGAAAAAAUUCUGCAAUGUCAGUUGAUUUCUGUAAAUGACAAUAUAUAUUUCUGUGCUUUGAUCAAUUCAGGAAACUUUCAUUCUUAUGUUUUUGUACUUCUACAAAAAGAUAAUUAUGAAAUGGACUUGGACAAAUUAAUCAAGAUAGAUUUGAAAAGGUCAUCUGAAACACUUGUUGGUCAUGUAAUUAUGCAUGAUAAAAAAAAUGUAUAUCUAUUAACACUCUGGUCACAUGGUCGUUUAUACAGUUAUCCAUUAAUGUCUUGUAUAAAUGAAUCAGUGCCUGGAUCACUUGUUAGUGUAAUUACAACAAUAAAUACUAAACAUCCAGUUGCAAUGAUUGCACUUAAUGACAAUACAAUUGCAGCUUAUGGUGCAGAUGCUCACGAAGAAGGAGCUAUUUUAUUUAUUUACAAUGUACAUUUUAAACUUGUACAAGCUGUUCAAAAACUAAAACUCUACACUUCUGACGCUAAGCUGUGGAAAAUUGAAAAUAAAAUAUUAUUAGCAGCUAACAGGCACUUGGCAGUAGUUCCUUUUCGAUUGGCACCUGAAAAAAUCGAAGCAAUUAUUGGUUCCACCAAUUUAAAAAAUCAUGAUUGUACUGAUGAUAAUGAAAUUAUAGUUAUACAAGAAUUAAAAAAAGCUGAUUGGGGAAUCACUUCUACAAAUCAAUUCAGUUUACCUCUGACAAAUCUUAAUGAAAGUGUAGCUAAUGAAAUUUCAACUUUAUUAAAUGAAGGGUUGAGCAAUGCUGCAAUUCACCAGAGAUUAAUACCAUCUUUGAUUAAAACAAGAGAUUUAACUUCAAUACUUUGGUGUUUGGAUUAUUUAAAAGACUUGCCAGCAGAAUUGUUAAUUCAAAUCUUAAAAUUGUGUUUAGACAAUACCAUCUUGAAUUCAAUAGAAGAUGACUUAAAUUCAGAUUCCAAUUCAGAAAAUAAACUAUUGAAUAAAAUCUUGACAAUUUGUUUCACAGAUGUUUCUCUUAUACAUUAUCUUCGAGUAGGGUUGAACUUUAGUGAAAUUUUAAAGUUACUGAACUAUUUUCUUAUCAAAUUCAGUGAAAAUCAUGAUAAAUGUGAUAAUUUGUUUGAAUCAAAAGUUAAACCAGAUAAUCAAUUGUAUGAGUGGAUUGCAGUUUUACUUGAUUCACAUUAUCAACAUUACUUACUUUCUCAAGACCCACAAGUUUUGAUCACUUUUAAUAAAUUGAAUGAAAUAUUGGAAAUGCAUCUACAAUUUGUAAGAGAUUUGGAAAAUAUAAGACCAAUAGUUAAGAGGCUAAUGGAUGGAAAACUUUUCAAGUUAGCACCUUCAGAUUACUGCAGAUUUUAUUCUAUUGAGGAAAUCAAAUUGUAUUGAGUGACAUGAUUUAAUAAAAAAAUUUAAUUUUUUAUA